GCUCCAAAGUGACAAUAGAAGCUACAUUUUAGGAGUUGUAUUAUUGUCUAUUUGUGAAGUUGACAUAAACAACAAGUUUCCCGAAGUGGGUUAGGGUUUGGGUUAAGCAUUACACUCACGCGCAUUUAUUGCUAAAUGCGUGUGAAUGUGAAGAUAUUUGCAAUGUCCGAGCUCAGGAUGAACCCCCGAACGCAGCAAAAGUUCAGUCGGCACAUCGUGACAGUCAUGGAGGAACAACGGAGCAGUUCGGACUCACAGUUCACACCAGAUCCGGGGAGGGCAGAAACCUCACCAGAUGCUCCAUGUGACCAGAGCCCAGAGUCGGUUAUCAGCAGACAGCUGAAUGAACAGAGCCGCUUUGCUUUUGCUGCCCUGUGUGGCGUCUCCUUGGGCCAGUUGUUUACUGGAUCUGAAAACAGUGUGUUUAGGGAGCAGUACCUGCAGGCUUUGGUCCGCUGGCUGGAUCUGGAUGAGUCGGUGAUGCCGGUUAUGGGGGCUUUCCUGUCAGGCCUGGGCUUCGAAGGUACUGACACCUUCCUGUCCAUCCUACAGGCUGACCCACUGCUGGCUGCAGGGGCCACCCCUGUCAUACAGGAUCUGGUGUCCUUUUCUGUCAAAGAUGGCCAGUAUGAUGCCAGAGCAAGAGUCCUGAUCCGUCAUGUCAGCUGUCUGCUCCGAGUCUCUCCACAGCAGCUGGAAGAUUUUGAGGAAACUCUGGGAGAAAGGCUGAGGGAAGGCGGAGAGGAGAGCGAAGAGGAAUCCUCAAGGCGGCUGAGGAGAGAAAGGGGGAGGAAGUUACGACGUUACCUUCUCAUUGGACUGGCCACUGUUGGGGGAGGAACUGUGAUCGGUGUGACAGGUGGACUUGCUGCUCCUUUGGUGGCAGCAGGGGCCGGAGCUGUGCUGGGGGCUGGAGGUGCUGCUGCUCUGGGCUCAGCCACUGGCAUCGCUAUCAUGGCCUCUCUGUUUGGAGCAGCAGGGGCUGGACUGACAGGGUAUAAGAUGAAUAAGUGUGUCGGGGCGAUUGAGGAAUUUGAAUUCCUGCCACUGAGCUCUGGAAAGCAUCUUCACCUGACCAUUGCAGUAACAGGGUGGCUCUGCAGUGGUAAAUACAGUUCGUUCCAGGCCCCCUGGUGCAGCUUGGGCGAGUGCGGUGAACAGUACUGCCUGGUGUGGGAGUCACGUUUCCUCAGAGAUCUGGGCUCAGCCAUGACCUCUCUGUUGGACGGGCUGGUUAGCAUGGUGGCCCAGGAAGCCCUCAAAUACACAGUGCUGUCAGGCAUUGUGACGGCUCUGACGUGGCCUGCGUCUCUGCUGGCAGCAGCCAGCGUCAUUGAUAACCCCUGGUGUGUUUGUCUUAACCGCUCAGCUGAGGUGGGGAAACAUCUGGCACAGGUUUUGAGAAGCAGGCAGCAGGGGAAGCGCCCUGUCAGCCUCAUAGGUUUCAGUCUUGGAGCCCGAGUUAUCUACUACUGUCUGCAGGAGCUCGCCAGUGACCAAGGCAGUGAAGGAGUAGUGGAGGAUGUGGUCCUCUUGGGGGCCCCAGUGGACGGAUCUGAGAAGGCCUGGGAGAGAAUGGCCAAGGUUGUGGCUGGGAAAAUAAUCAACGGAUACUGCAGAGGGGACUGGCUCCUGGGAUUCUUGUACCGAAGCUCAGCUGCACAGCUGUCUGUUGCUGGGUUACAGCCAAUCAACAUCCAGGAUCGGCGCAUAAUCAAUGUGGAUCUUUCCUCUGUGGUGAAAGGUCACUUGGACUACAUGCGUCAGAUGGACACCAUCUUGGUUGCAAUAGGAGUUCCCACCAAAGACGUCCCAGGAGCCUCCUUUGCUCUUCCUCAGUCCGGACCAGUUACGAAUGGGACAGUGGACAUCCCUGACCAAACCGCUAAUGAGCAACAAGUGACCAUCAUGCAAAAUCCAGCCGAGAAGACUGAAACUUGUACACAAGAAAGCAGGGAUGUAAAAGAUGUGUCAGAGUCAGAAGAGACGGGUGACGGGUGGGAUAUCCCUGAUAUUUCACACCUGCUAGACUCAUUCAGUGAUACAGAAUCAAACAGUCAAAUCACAAUCCGGAACAAUUCAUCACUCACUUCUGAGGAAAACAGGGCCACAGCAUCUGAUUUUAAUUCCCAGCAAGACAGUAUAGAGGAGAACCUGGAUAAUGAACACAUAUCAUGGAGCUGGGAUGAUACACACUGGACUACAGAGCACUCACACAAAUAAAGGUGGCCAAACUUGUAAAGAGCAUGUUA